CUACAUUGUGAAUGCGCACCAUCGCAAUGCUACAUAGAAAAAUGUGAUCACCAUUGUAUUACUUCAUUUCGAAAUGUCAACCGUGACGUAAGCCGUCCGCAGCCCCAUUCGACAAAAAUAAUACGGAUUUUAGCGAGAAGACAGAAACAUGUUGCGUCUUGCUGCAUCUAAUUCUCAAUCAUUGAUUCGUAACUUUUCUUUACUUCAAAUCACCCGAACGUUUCCAAAUACGCUGAACCGUCCCAACGCGUGUUACACUACGUUUGCCGAAAAUCGUCAGAAUAACCCGGAUAAAAGGCAAUUUUUGCAGCCUUCUGUUCCUACGUUAUGUAAUUCCAGAGAAACUAGCUUCUUCAAUAAGUUGCCUGCUGAGCAAAUUUGGAAGGGUGUCAUUUCGGUGAGUAACGCUGGUAAAAAACGGGGUCGCGGUAAAGGUGCUAAACGAAUUACUCCAAAAGAUUUAAAUAAAGGGCAAAUGAUAGGAUUUGGGAAAGCGAAUAUAGUUUGGCCCGGCCUAUCAGCUCCGAUAAUUCGAGGGCGAGAGAUAGUACAACAGCAGCAAUUGCCAGAAGAUACCGAACGAGAAAGUAAGCUAAAGAAGAUUCGAGAUGAGAUGGUUAAUUUCAAACGAAUAAAAUUGAGUCCCUUGGAAAGAGGCUGGUCUGGUUCAAAAAUGCCCGGUAGAAGUAUCGGACCACCUGAUCCAGUUGACGAUGAUUAUUUUGAAGGUUUCGAUACGAAAUGUUUAGAAUUGAAAACGGUCGUGAACAUGAAAGGUAACCUAGGACGUAAACGAAGAGUGUCGGCAAUGGUUGUGACUGGUAACAAAAAUGGAUUAGCUGGUUUUGGCUUUGGAAAAGCCAUUGAUAUGAGGGCAGCUCUAAGACAGGCGAAGAAUCGUGCUGGGCAGAAACUAAUGUUCUUUGAACUUUGCAAUAAUCACACGGUAUUUCAUGAUUUCUACUGUGCUUUCGGAGCUAGCAAGAUAUUUGUGGAACGCAAGCCGGAAGGCUAUGGAUUAAAGUGCCACCGUGCCCUUAAAACCGUCUGUGAAGUACUCGGCAUUAAAGAUAUUCGCGCCAAAUGCGAAGGAUCCACAAAUGUGCAACAUGUUGUAAAGGCUUUCUUUAUUGGAUUGUUGAAACAAAAAAAUCACCAGCAAAUAGCUGAGUCGAAGGGGUUGCAUGUUGUCGAGUUGAAACCGGAAAACCAAAAUUUCCCAAAAGUAGUAGCUAGUCCAUCUGUAUGCAGAAGCGAGGCUGAUUUGGAUAAAAAUGAAAUUUUGGAUUAUACACAAUUUUGCAUGGAUGGAAAAAUUCAACUGAAAAGAAAAAAGUUUCCUCCAUUUUACACCAAAUAUCGUUCUUAUGAAAUAUACAUGAAAAAACAGGAAUAUCUUAGGAAUCAAGAUAAAGUACGACUUCGGAUGCUCGUGGAAUCGGGGGAAAUUAGAAGUUUUUUGACUGAAAAAUACCCUGAAUGCAAAAUGGGACCUACCCCCAAAGAAGAGUGAACAAGAUGUUUAUAAUCAAUAAGCGUUGAAUUAAAUUGAGUUUAAACUACAA